AUGCAAGCAUGGCCAGGCCAAAAUGGUCCAUGCUUCCUCUGCUCCCUGCGAUAUUUCGCCCGUUGGACACUCAGGUCAUCCAACCAGCGUGGCUUCGCGACGUCGUCGGAAAACUCACGGAAUCGAGUACACGAAAGAAUUUCGAAAGGUCGAUGGAAGGAUUCAAUUCUAUCAACAUUGGAAGGCGGGCCUCGAGAAGCUAAUGGCAAUACUCGAAAUGGUCGAGAUCGACAGCUACAAUCCUCUGGUGAAGCAAUUCGCAGAACGAAAUCUGGCGGCCUCGUGCUUCGUAUGGAGGGAAGUGGCAAACCCGCUGCCGAGUUAGAACUUCAGAGCCUGAAGCAAACUCUUCGAGACGGAAAAACGCCAGACGGCGUUGAGUCUGGGUAUGCGGAGUUGGACCCGGAGCUCAAAUACUUCGACAGCUUCGAAGCGAAAGUCACGAAAUGCUUUGAGAAGCAAGAUAGAAUGAACGGAAAUUUAGACAUCACAAACCCCUUAAGAGUCUCUCUGUUGCAGGCAUUCGUACGAGGCGGACGCGCCGAGCUGAGAAAAGCACUUCUUUUUGCUUACGUCGAUCACAUCCUUCAAUCUGGGGAGAAGCGAAGCGGAAGUUCAUCGACUCCAAAGCAUCUGGACUUGAGGUAUCCAACCGAAUGGUAUCUCCAUGCCAGGGCAAUACAAAGGGAAAUACAUCUACAUGUUGGCCCAACAAACUCUGGCAAGACGUAUCAUGCCUUGAAACGAUUGGAAGAGUCAGGUAAUGGCAUUUACGCAGGGCCUUUGAGGCUCCUCGCGCAUGAAGUUUACAGCCGCUUCAAGAACAAAGGGACGCCCUGCGAUCUUGUUACGGGUGAUGACGUACGACUGGCAGAAGGAGGAGGCGCCUUGCUUUCCAGCCAUACGGUUGAAAUGGUUGAUUGUGGAAAGUCUGUUGACGUUGCUGUUAUCGAUGAAAUCCAGAUGCUUGCGAACAAGGAUCGCGGCUGGGCCUGGACUCGUGCUCUCCUAGGAACAAAAGCGAAGGAGCUUCAUCUCUGUGGCGAGACAAGAGUGGUACCCCUGAUCCGAGAAUUGGCUGCCUCUAUGGGCGAUACAUUGCAUAUCCAUCAUUAUGACCGACUAAAUCCGUUGAAGGCAAUGAGCAAGAGUCUUAAGGGAAACCUAAAAAGUCUUCGUCGUGGUGAUUGUAUUGUAUGCUUUUCCGUGCUAGGAAUUCAUGCUAUGAAGAAGCAAAUCGAACUUGACACUGGUCGGAGAGUUGCAAUUGUGUAUGGCAGCUUGCCGCCAGAGAUUCGGGCACAGCAAGCUGCCUUGUUCAAUGACCCUAGCAACGACUAUGAUUUCCUGGUUGCGAGCGACGCCAUUGGCAUGGGUCUGAAUCUGAGCAUAAAGCGCAUCAUCUUCGAAACCAUCUUGAAAAUGGAUGGUGAGAAACGAGUGAAGCUAUCUAUUUCACAGAUCAAGCAAAUUGCCGGUAGAGCAGGCCGCUAUCGCACUGCCAAUCAAGAUGACCAAGAAGAUGGUGCAGAGACGAAGAUCAUUGACUCUCAGGAUUCACGAGUCACGUCUUUCAAAGGCAGUGUCAAGCAAAGCAACGUGGGCCUUGUUACCUGUCUCGACGAGAGAGAUUUAUUUGACAUACAAACAGCGCUCAACACCGAGCCUGAUCCUAUCAAAGCAGCCGGAAUCCAGCCACCUCUUGAACACAUAAAUUCAUUUGCCAAAGUUCUACCACCAGGCACCCCAUUCGAGUACAUCAUACAACGCCUAGACAGUGAGGUCAUGCUUCAUUCGCGGUAUUUCCUGUGUAAAUUAGGGGAUCGGAGGAGAAUUGCAACUCUUCUUGACAAAGUCAGAGGACUCACCGUUGUGCAGAGCUGUGUUUUCACUGCGGCUCCGGUAGACACAAAGUCAGAGCUUGGAAAGAAGGUUAUCAAGGCUCUGGCUCGCUGCGUGGCGAAUCGGACUGCAGUGACUGUGGUCGAUAUCACGGAGAUCCCAUUGGAUAUUCUCGACUUGCCUCUCUCAGGGCGCCGGGAGUAUCUAGUCAACCUCGAGCUACUCCACAAAUCCUUGAUACUCUUUCUUUGGUUAUCCUAUCGCUUUACCAACAUCUUCCUCGAUAGGGAGAUGGCAACUCGGGCAAAGGAGAUGGUGGAGGAGAAAAUCAAUACGGCUCUACUCGAGUUUUCUGCAAAUCCAAAACUCAGGAGUAAGGUGCUCCAGAUGAGGCAUGCCAAGCCUGACGAGGAAGUUUCUGGUGACUCUCCUGACGGUUCCCAAGAAGAGACAUCGGAAGGGAUGAUGUCAGGCCCAGUGGAAGAAGAUCUGACGAAAAGCUUUAGCGAGCUGUCUGCGCUACCGGUGAACUGGGAGAAUCCAACACCGAGCGAUGAAUGGGAUCCAAAUGCCGAAAGGUUAGCCAUCGAGCAGCCCGCGGCGGCUCAACCAUGA